AUGUCCACCGGAUUGCCGCCGCCACUCGCCGCCGCCAACGCCACCCAGCCAACGAAUUUCAGCAGCCCUUUCAAUCAUUUCGGCUAUCUGUUCGGUCAGCAGCCGCCAGCGUUCAGUCUUCAGGCGCCGCCGCCGCCGCCGCCGCCUCCGUCGUCGGCCAAUUCGCGAUUCAAAGUCAAACGUCAUCGGCAGCGCGUCGACGCCGGCGAGCCGCGCAACACCUAUCAGGCGAACAGCAAGAGCCACAAGAGCGCCGCCAACGCGACGAUGAUGACGAUGUCGAUCGAGGUGCCGUGGAAGCGCGACGGCGACGACCAGCAGCAGCAUCAGCAUCAGAAUGAUGAUACCGAAUGCGAGGAUGGUGCGGCUGUCGCCGACGAGACGGCGUCGUGCGUGCCACACGUCGACGUUGAGAACACCGAGGAGCUCGAUGAGAUGAGCGACGAGAAGGAGGCGACGAGCCGCGAGAGUCCGAGCUCGACGAGCUCCGCCUCGAAACGCAAACGUUUCCAGCCGAAGAAGAUUGGCGAACAAUUGGGAAUCGAUUUGAGCGAAGAACCCGAACAGAUCAACGUGAGCGUCGGCGUCGAGAACGAGACGAACGACGAGGAAGACGAGGCGGAGGAAGCGGAGGAGAACGAGGAGGAGCGCGGCAACGUCGACGAGAAGCCGCAGCUGACGGCGAUUCAGCAGCAGCUCGCCACCAAUCCGCCACCACCACCGCCACCAUCAGCCGCCGCCAAUCUGUUCGAGACGCAAAAGAAAUUGUACGCGGCGUUUCUCGAGCAGCAACGCAAAAUGUUGCCGUUGAUGAGCCAACACAAAGAUGAGAAGAAGCUCAAUUGUGAGCAAUUGGUGCAGACGUUGAAGAGCGAGAUUUUCGAUAAUUUGACGGCGUCGAUUGAAAAGAUUGUCAAAGAUUGGGCGAGCGCUGAACUCGCUCGUCAGGAGGCUGCCGGUCGCCACGUCAAUGGCGUUCUACACCAUCAGACCGGCCAUUUUGCGCCGCUGUUUCCGCCGAAUCCGCUCGCCGCCGCGUUUCCACUUCACGCGCCGACGCAUUCAAUUGGCGGCGGUGGCGGCGGCGGCAUCUUUCCGCCUAACUUCAACGCGUUCAAUCAUCUUCAAGCGUUCCAAGCGCUUCAACGCAAUCUCGACGAGAACGCCGACGCGGCGACGCCGAAGAAGAAGCGCGCCAAGUUGUCGGAAGCGCGCGCGACGUCGUCGCCGCUGAGCGCGCCGUCGAGUCCGCCGCAAGCGCGCUACUUUCCGCCGACGAUGGUCGGCCAUCCGAUGUACGGCAACAUGUCGUUCGGUGGUCACGAGCGCGAGGACAGUCCGACGAACAGCGACGAGAUGAGCGACUUCGGCGGCUACGACGGCGUCGGCGUCGGUGGCGUCGGCGGUUCGAGCAGCACACUGACGCCGAUGCAUUUGCGAAAAGCCAAACUCAUGUUCUUCUACACGCGCUAUCCGAACUCGAACCUCCUCAAAUCCUAUUUUCCCGACAUUCGCUUCAACAAGAACAACACGGCGCAGCUCGUCAAAUGGUUCAGCAAUUUUAGAGAAUUCUAUUAUAUUCAAAUGGAGAAAUUCGCGAGGCAGCUUUUGGCCGAAGGCGUCAAAUCGAGAGAUGAGAUAUUUGUGACCAAGGACAGCGAGUUGUUCAAGGCGCUCAACACGCAUUACAAUCGGAACAAUCAUAUUCAGGCGCCCGACCGUCUCGUGUUCGUCGUUCAGGAGACGCUUCGCGAGUUCUUCGACGCGAUUCGCCUCGGCAAAGAUAUCGAACCAUCAUGGAAGAAGACGAUCUACAAGUAUUUGAAGGUGAUCAAUCGAAUGGACGAUCCGAUUCCCGACUAUUUCAAGGAUCCCAACUUUCUCGAUCGCCUCGAGACCUAA